AUGCCCGUUACACCCACGGCCGGUCGGGGAUGGCGAUGGUUUGAGCCAGGUGUGGGCGACCAAGGGCAGAACACGCCUGACACGUGGCACGGCAGUUCCAAGGCUGCAUCUUUGCACUGGACAAGUGAGCGAGCUGUCAGUGUCCUCUUGCUGGGUCUCCUUCCUGCAGCCUACCUGUAUCCUGGACCAGCCAUGGACUAUUCACUGGCUGCAGCCCUCACUCUCCAUGGCCACUGGGGUCUCGGCCAGGUUGUAACUGACUAUGUGCACGGGGAUACAGCAGUUAAGCUGGCACACACAGGUCUGUAUGCUCUGUCUGCCCUCACCUUCGCUGGCCUCUGCUACUUUAACUACCAUGAUGUUGGUAUCUGCAAGGCUGUUGCCAUGCUGUGGAGCCUCUAA